CAAUUUUGUUAACUGUUACUUUGUAUUUACGUAUAUAUGUGUAUGAAUUCUCUUAAAAAAAUAUCACAUCAAUCUUAUUUUAUAUAGCAAAUUAAUCAAACAUAAAUAGAAUCGGCUCAUCAGAAAACAACGAAGCCCAUGCACUAGACGAAAACUAUCCCACGAACGUGUUGCGUUUCGGGUGAGACUAGGUUGCGUGAUCAACACGUGGCCUAAAUUAAACAGAAAAUUUGGAGUAUCCAUGAUUUAGAUUUACACAUUUCGAUCAAUAUGUACGUUGAGAUCUUACAUCUUAACCGAUUCGGUCGUUAUAUUUGAUUAUAUUAGAGUGAGCAUACAAAACAAUUCGCGCAAAAAAAAAAAAAAAUAGAUUAAAUAAUCACAAACUGGUUCAAGAAUCCACGACAUUCAAAUCUUUCUGAGUGCGCUCAUGGCUUCUUCUUCAAAGCGUUCGUGGUCGUUGUCUUCGCUGCCACCGGAGAUAACACAAGAAAUCUUUUACAAGACUCCGACGGAUGCUCUCGUCCGAUCAAAACCGACGUGCAAGAAGUGGUACGCUCUCAUAACCGACGAAACAUUCAUCUACGAACACUUGCGUCGCUCUCAAGAACGAUUCAUAAGAAUCUUUGAUGGUGUGGUACAAAUCGUGGAUCCAGUACUGACCAGAGAACGCUCAGCUUCGCCAAUCCAAAACGAGUUUCAACCUCCUCCAUAUGAGAUUGAUACUAUGGUUCACUGCGAUGGACUCAUGCUGUGCAAGUGUGCCGAUCACUUGAGAUUCGCCAACCUAGCUCUUUGGAAUCCCGCCACAAGGAAAUUCAGAUGGGUCGACCCCGUGGAUGUUAUCACGAGUAGUGAGUACUACGGGAUUGGAUACAGCAACAGCAAGAAGAAGGCUCGUGACGACGGUUACAAGAUCGUGCGGUUUACUUGUGGCCUUGAGGGUAAUUACGAGAUCAAUGUGGUACCACAGGUUGAGAUUUACGAGUUCAAGACGAAUUCUUGGAGAACUAUUGGUGUAAAGGUUGAUGCUGAUGUGAAGAUUACGAGGAAAUGUGUGGCUGUGAUGGGUAACAUGUAUUGGAUUGCUUUUAGAGAUCAUGAAGAAGAAGAUGAAGAAGAAGAAGAAGAAGAUGAAGAAGAAGAAGAAGAAGAAUAUGAGUUCAUUCGGUGCUUUGAUUUCUCGGAUGAAACAUUCAAGGACGUAUGCUUCUGUCCAACCUCUUAUGUUAAUAGUCAUUUAUCUUGUUUCAAUGGAGAUAGCUUGUCUUUGCUACAACAAGGCAGAUCAUCAAGAAACAUUGAGGUGUGGGUUUCAAGCAAGUUGGGUGAUGGUGAUGUCUCGUUUAGCAAAUAUUUCAGUUUGUCCGGUCCUGGUCUUCGGGCGUUACGGGUCCGUGAUGAUGCUAGUCCUGUAUACUGUUUUGUGAAGCCUAAGAGUGUCAUCGUAUGGUUCGUGGGAGUUGAAGGAAAAGGUGAUAAGGUUCGUAAUUGCCUUACUCUUUAUGAGAUUGAUGAGGAUGGAGUGAGAAAUGAAAAGGUGACAGAACGUAACGACGUGCAUGACUAUUCUCGCGCCUUCGUUUGUGGCUAUGUGUAUGUUCCAAGUCUAGUCCCUCUUCCAUGAAUAAGAGAUUAAGGUUUUGUUUCGUGUUCUAAGCUUUAGUUUCUGGUCUUUGUUUGUUGAUCUUGUGCACUGUAAAGAUGUUACUAAUAUUGGUUUUGGUUUUGCACUGUAUUAUAAUUAAACUGAUACAGUUGUAGUACUAUUAAACUUUUUUGUGCACCCUUAUUUGUUUGAUAAUAUUUACAAAUUAACCUACAGUAUAUAUGUAUCGUUAUUCGUAGCUUAUCAAUAAUCUCUACUCUCAAUAGGUUGAUAACGAAGUUAUCGUAUGAUUUCACAAGAUAAGCACAAUUUAUGAAGAGAAAAAUGGGUGAAGAUGAUGAUUCGUGUGGACCAAGUCUUUAGCUUGCCUUAUUGGUAAAGUAUCCUUCUGCAAGGAAACGUAUAUGUCUCUCUUUUUGUGUUUGUUUCACAUUCCAUAUUCUAUCAUUAACUUUCUGUUUUCU